CACUAAUUCUGGGGAAGGUUGACUUAUCUGUCAUCACCCUAAAUCCAAGAUCCACGAAACAUCAAAGAAGAGGGUGCCUCAAGGUGAAAUACAUUUCAGGACAUUGCUACUGGAAGGAGCUGCUGUAACGUGAAAGAAUCAAAUGUGGUCAUGCUUACGACCCAAAGCCUCUGAAAGAUGAUGAUAAACAGCCCAUACUCUCUCUUAAUCUCGCUGGCCUGCUAAUAUGAUACUCCCAACCUGUGUUGCUCUCUCGCGAAGCUUCAAAGUGAAUUACGAGUGAAAGGUGCUCCGUGGCCACCAGUCACGGGAAUUGGCUCCCUGAGCAACACAUUGUCGGGAGAGGGAAGGAGUUAACACAGCUGUUGUGCCAAUUUAAGAGAUGGAUCAUCUCGCUGCGGCUUGUGGAGCGACCAAUCUUCCCCUAGAAAGAUCACUGCGUCAAACCUCGAACCGUCCUGCUCCCCAACCUAAGAGACGAAGAACUCCGAAUGAAAGAUUGCUGCAGACCAUGGACGCCAAGUUCCUCAUUCCAGAGAAGCGUCCCAAAUCAUCAAUGGACGGCGACGGUGAACGCGUUCGUGUGACAGUCAGGUUGAGACCGCCAACAAAAGCGGAGCAAAGAGACGAUGAAGGCCCAUUCAUCUUCCUGGACACGGAUAGAAACACUGUUGUUCUGCGCCGCACAGGAAGCUUUGAAGCCUUUACAGAGUUCCAGUUCGACGGUGUGCUGCCGUCUGGUUGCCAACAAGUCGAUGUGUACAAUACUGCAGCAAGGCCUGUAGUUUUGGAUGUGCUCCAGGGGUACAACGGCACUAUAAUGGCGUACGGUCAAACUGGGGCUGGCAAAACUUACACCCUUUCAGACAAACUGGCUUGUGGAGGGAUGUCUGUCGAAGGUAUUAUUCCAAGAUCCGCAGCUGAAAUUUUUGCUAGAGCAGAACAGGACAACGACAACGAGUACCAUGUGUCCAUGUCUUACAUCCAGAUAUACAUGGAACAGAUCCAAGAUCUACUUCGACCUGAAAGCUGUAACAUGCAAAUUAGAGAAGGAGAAACUGGAGUUUACGUUUCCGGGAUACAAGAGGUAGAAGUGAAGUCAGCAGAGGACGUGAUGAAGUUGUUACUGCUGGGUGACCGCAACAGAGCCUUCUCUUUCACAAAGCUGAAUGCCCAUUCGUCUCGGAGCCAUGCGAUUGUGAUUCUAACGGUGGAGAGGAAAGCCAAAAAUUUCUCAGAACCAGCAUCCGAAGCCUCGGAUCGGCCACACAGUGGAAGUAGCGCUGGAUUCUUGGAAGGUGAAAGGGUGCUCGUGGGGAAGCUGUUUCUUGUCGAUCUCGCUGGCUCAGAGAGACUGAAAAAAAGCGGUUCAGAAGGCAUCCGGGCAAGUGAGGCAAUGAGUGUAAACCUAUCUCUAACUUGUCUCGGCAAAUGCAUAGGGGCAAGAGCAGAUCCAAAUGCCACUCAUGUACCAUUCAGAGAUUCCAAACUUACUCGACUCCUUCAAGAGUCACUUGGAGGAAAUGCGAAAACUUCUCUAAUCAUCAACAUCGCUCCUUGUAACGACUACUUACGAGAAUCGCUUUCAUCAUUAUCGUUCGGUUCCAGGGCGAUGAAAGUCGCAACGAGAGCUAUUGUUAAUGUGGAAGAGGAGUUCAGAGUCCUGACCAAAAAUCUUCAAGAUACCCUCGAAAUGCAAGACGAACGCUUACAGUCUCUGGAGGCGUCAAUAUUAUCCAAAGAGGAACAGCUAGUGCAAGCUCGUCGAAGUUUGGAAGAACGAACUAAGCAAGUGGAGAUGCUGAGGAAGGAACAAAACAGCUUCAACGAAAAAUUCAUGGAGCAGUUGCGACUCAAAGACGACCAUUGGAGUCAUAGGCUUGAAAUUGUGCGCAACGCUGCAGUCGAUAGUCAGAGAAAGCGAAUACGAUAUCUGCAGGAAGAACUGGAGAAGCUGAAGGAGGUAGAUGGACAACAAGGGACCACCAUAGCAGUUCUCAGCAAUGACCUUGCCAAGGAUUAUGCGGCUCGAGUUAUACAGAGAUCCUACAGAAGGCGUUACCUUCUCAAAUUGCAAAGAGAGAAGAGGAAACUAGAGCUGGUGGCCGGCUUCCAACUGAUGGCAAAUUCAGCGGCGAAAAUGUAUAGCGCAAUGCAUGUCCUCGACGACUAUUUCACCCGAAGGAAGCCAAGCGACAUCCAAUCUUUAAGCACUCUUUUCUGGCGCUGCGUAAUUCCGUGAAUCCAUAGAUGUAGCAAACAAUACAUUGAGCUUUUACUAUCGGAUAAAACACAUGUUUUGUUCCCAUAGUCUGGCGUGCACUAAGCGUGGAAUGUGUUCGACUCUAUGAAUGCAGGGAACUCUCUGCACCUGAAACUAAUUCAUUGUUCGUUCCUCUCAACCUAUUCACGAGAGAGCCUAGCUCCUUUCUUUUUUUGGGUUCACGCCAUCACAAAUAGGGUAAAAAUUAUUAUAUUUCAAAAUUUGUAUCUUGAUAUCUUAACAUGUUUAAUUAAUCACGGAAAGAGAUGAUUUUUC